CUCACCUCUUGCCGUCAUCACUAUCGCGCCUUCUGUACAGUCAGGAUCCCUGUCUAGGCUCCGAUGCGAUGAGCACGCUGCCAGCGGGUGGUCAAGCAGCGCUAGCCAGUGAAGCCUCAACCCACGCGGACAACGGUCCUGUUGAACAGUCUAUACCCAUCGCAAAUGUUGAUACCACCAGCAAUCAGCAAGUGCUAGAGAUGCUCCGCGCCGCUCUCGCGGGUAUCGCGCAACUCCAGACCACUGUCACCCAGAUUGAGCGCAAAGUCGGCAGUCUCGAAGGCGACGUGCGCGGCCUGCACCAAGCUGUCAGCCAUCUCGAAAGCUCGCUCCUUCUGUCUCGAGAUGACUAUCGUGGCGCAACAGACGAGGUGCUAGAAGCCGUCGAGCAAGCUAAAGACGAGGUGCUAGACGCUCUCAACGAGGCCAAGGACGAUAUUCUGGAAGGGGUGGAAGAGCGCAAGGAUGAGGUGGUCGAAUCUAUCGAGGAGCACAAAGACGAAAUCAUAGAGGCGGUGAACGACGUCAGCAGCGGGCUCGAGGAGGUAGAGAACUACGCGUCGGAGACGAACAACAAGGUCGGCGAUAUCGACGACAACGUAGCGGGAACGCAGAGCAGCAUCGACGACUUGCAAUCAUCCAUCGAAUCCCUCCAAUCGAAGCUUGACGUCCUUCUCCUGCGAACUCGUCUGAACUAGACCAAGACUUCGCCUUUCUCGGAUAUUUCGUCUUCAACACCCACCAUCUUGCACCGACUAUGUACCAUCUGUACCAACAUCUGUCAUAAUGAACUUUCGAUAUAUACUCUGAGCGGCCAUUGCGAGACCGUCACAGAGGACUUG